UAGCUUAUUGGCUGCGCCGUCCCGUCCUCCUCCCGCCCCUCCCCGCCCCUGCUGGGAUGACCCCGGGGGCGAGUGCCCGGCCAGUGUGCUCCCGAAGCCGGCUGUGGGCUGCGGCUCUGCUGGGAUCAGGCUUCAUGGCGGCGCAGCCGCUGUCCCGGAUGCUGCGGCGGCUCCUGAGGUCCAGCGCCCGGAGCUGCAGCUCAGGGGCUCCAGUGACACAGCCCCGCCUCGGGGAGUCCGCGCGAGCUGCCUCGGAGGAGCUGUCCAGGCGGAGGCAGUUCCUGCGGGAGCAUGCGGCCCCCUUCUCCGCCUUCCUCACAGACAGCUUUGGCCGGCAGCACAGCUACCUGCGGAUCUCCCUCACGGAGAAGUGCAACCUCAGAUGUCAGUACUGCAUGCCCGAGGAGGGGGUCCCGCUGACCCCCAAGGCCAACCUGCUGACCACAGAGGAGAUCCUGACCCUUGCCCGGCUCUUUGUGAAGGAAGGCAUUGACAAGAUCCGGCUCACAGGCGGAGAGCCGCUCAUCCGGCCAGACGUGGUAGACAUUGUGGCCCAGCUGCAGCGGCUGGAAGGGCUGAGGACCAUCGGUGUUACCACCAAUGGCAUCAACCUGACCCGGCUGCUGCCCCAGCUUCAGAAGGCUGGUCUUAGUGCCAUCAACAUCAGCCUGGACACCCUGGUGCCUGCCAAGUUUGAGUUCAUCGUCCGCAGGAAAGGCUUCCACAAGGUCAUGGAGGGCAUCCACAAGGCCAUCGAGCUGGGCUACAACCCUGUGAAGGUGAACUGUGUGGUGAUGCGAGGCCUUAAUGAGGAUGAACUCCUGGACUUUGCGGCCUUGACCGAGGGCCUCCCCCUGGAUGUGCGCUUCAUAGAGUACAUGCCUUUUGAUGGCAACAAGUGGAACUUCAAGAAGAUGGUCAGCUAUAAGGAGAUGCUGGACACUAUCCGGCAGCAGUGGCCAGAGCUGGAGAAGCUGCCAGAGGAGGAAUCCAGCACAGCCAAGGCCUUUAAAAUCCCUGGCUUUCAAGGCCAGAUCAGCUUCAUCACGUCCAUGUCUGAGCAUUUUUGUGGGACCUGCAACCGCCUGCGAAUCACGGCUGACGGGAACCUCAAGGUCUGCCUCUUUGGAAACUCUGAGGUAUCCCUGCGGGAUCACCUGCGAGCUGGGGCCUCCGAGCAGGAGCUGCUGAGGAUCAUUGGGGCUGCCGUGGGCAGGAAGAAGCGGCAGCAUGCAGGCAUGUUCAGUAUUUCCCAGAUGAAGAACCGGCCCAUGAUCCUCAUCGGUGGGUGACCCAUCAAGUUAUUUUUGAUGUUCCACGAUUCCCCACCAGCCAGUCCAAGCAUUUCCUCCUGGGACCCCCUCCAUGUUCAGGGUCUAAGACCCAGAAUGAGUUUCUCCAGCCAGAUGGUCACUUUAUGGAAAGGAUGCAGGGUCCCCCAGGCCCUUCUGUUAGCCCAGCAGCGGCUGGGGUCUGGCUGCUUUCAGAGACACUACACUUCCCGUGCAGACUCAGAUGCCAACUCAAAGUGCCUUAGCCCAGGUUCCUGGGCUCCUGCUGCCCCCUCAGGACCCCAGCUAACCUCAGAACAACUAACUCAUGUGGACUCGGAAGGACGGGCAGCUAUGGUAGAUGUGAGCAGGAAGCCAGACACAGAGCGGGCGGCUGUGGCUUCAGCCGUGGUCCUUCUGGGGCCUGUAGCCUUCAAGCUUGUCCAGCGGAACCAGCUCAAGAAAGGAGAUGCCCUGGUGGUGGCCCAGCUGGCUGGAAUCCAGGCAGCCAAGGUGACCAGCCAGCUGAUCCCUCUGUGCCACCACGUGGCCCUGAGUCAUGUGCAGGUGCAGCUGGAGCUGGACAGCACACGCCAUGCCGUGAGGAUCCAGGCAUCUUGCCGGGCUCGGGGGCCCACCGGGGUGGAGAUGGAGGCCCUGACCUCUGCUGCAGUGGCCGCCCUCAGCCUGUAUGACAUGUGCAAGGCUGUCAGCAGGGACAUUGUGUUGGAGGAGAUCAAGCUCAUUAGCAAGACUGGCGGUCAGCGGGGGGACUUCCAUCGGGCUUAGCGCCUGCCCUUCUUACCCAUGGCCCACCCAGACCUGGAGCUGGGAUGCAAUUUAGGCUGAAGGAAAGAUGUCAGGUUCCUUUAAUCACAGUCACUGUUUACCUUGAGCAGUAAAUCCGAAGUCAGCCUGCUCUACUACUAACAGGCCUGCUACUAGAUGAUCUCUAAUCAUCUAGGUGGGGCUUCCUUUCUAUAGGGAGGAUACCAGCAGGCUCUUAAGCCUUCCAGGACACUAAGGUCAUGGGAGCAGGACUACAACAAGCAAUGCUAGAUAACUGAGAAAUCAUGUUCUUUGUGGACUAUUUCAGACAACCAGUUUCCGACAGUCCAGCCCAGAACUUUUCCUUCUCCUUUUGGGUUCUCUCUUCUCCUACUUUCCUGGGGAGAGAUUAAGGGCUUAUUAAGCAGAGGGGCCCACUUUGAGGAGAGCAAAGCACAAGUUUGCCUGAGGAAUGCAUCCCAACUUCUCCCCAGCAGCUCUGCCUCCCUGUCUGUGAAGCCGCAGCCCUGCCCUGUCCUGACUUCAUCUCUCCUUCUGCCCAAGUCUGUGUCCCAUCAGACUUGCUCAGCUUAACAGUUGCCCGGUCCUGCUGGCCCCCUUUCCUCAGGCCUCCCUCCUCUGAAACAGGAUGUGCACACGUGGGCCACAGCCCUAAGGACUCCUCCCGGACUACACAGCCCACACCUGGCCCUGCUCACGGCUGUUCCACCCACCCCUCUUCGUUCUGGAGCAUAUCAGGGAAAGAAGAGUUGACGGUAGAUUGCCUUCACCCUCACAGCGCACAAAUAAAGCUACGAUGCCAACUUCUUUGCAGACACAA